AUGCCCGACCCUGAACGUCGCCGGUCUCGGGUUGCCACUUGUGAGGAUUGGGAUGAAGAUGCCCAAACCACCCUUCCUGGCUCCCGAACCACCGCGAAUGCCAAUGUUUCCAUCAAGCGCUCCGAGCAAGACCUCGCUGCUGGACGUAUGGAAAUCAAAGGCAAAAUGAAUGGUGUCGACUCGGGAUAUGCAAGUCGCGCCGAUACUAUCGUCAGCGAACCAACCUCCGUACGUCGAAGAACUUACGAAUCCAAGAACGACCCCCCUGCCGGCAUUGUUGAGAGAGAGCGCCAGCCAUACUCAAUGGCCCAGUCGACACCUCAGGCACCUCCCCCGUCGACACCAGUGAAACCUAUCGUUCGUCGCCAGCCAUCGUCGCGGCCCAAGGACACCCACGUCCCCGAGCCACAACCAAGCAAGACUCCUCAGGUUCAUCCAUCCGGAACUUGUCAAGUUUGUGACCGUUUUGGGUGGCACGACCCCAGAGAGAUAUCAAGAAUCACAGCAACAGCCCCACAACAGCCCCCGUCACCUGUUGCCGUUCGGGCGGUCGCUGUUGGUCGAUCAAAAGAUGAUGAUGUCCUGCUUGCCAAAACCAAAAGGUCAUCCUCAAUGCGCCAACCACGGCCUUUGAGUGUCGUCACCAAUCCCUCGAAUCCUCCACAAUUUGUUCAACCAGCCAUGUACGCCACCCCUGUGUUCGCGGCAACGCCAGCUUGGUCAACGCCUGCGACUCCCAUAUAUGCUCAGCAAUUACCAGCCUACACAUAUGCUCCGCCUCCGGCACCCACGCCCGGCCCAACUCAAUAUGCACCAUAUCCACCACCCGCCCAUGCUUAUUUCGACCAGGUCUCUAUCCCAGAACCACGCUCGCUUCAAGCGAGUCGGAAGUCUAGCCCGACCCGACGUUCAGCUCACUAUGGGGAACCUGUCAUCAAUCAAGGCCACAACAAUUCAUAUGCUGUACUAGACAGAGUUCCCUCCUGGGAGAACAGGCCAGCCGCGGUGUCGCACAAAUCGCAACGAAGUAUUGAUCAAGAUCGCAUGCCGCCCCCACCAAAGCCGCAAUCUCAGGAUCCUAGUCUAUCGCGACGACCAAGUAAUCGAAGGUCCAAGACUUAUAUCCAAGAGGACCUCCCACGACAACGACCAGCACAAGAAUCUUCGCGCGAUGAGCGGGAGUACGAAAUAAUGCCCCCAACAACAGCGCACCGUUCUCGACGGGAAUCUGGCACACUGCCACCCAGCUCUUACAGGGGGCCAGCGGUUGUCGACUCUCGGCCUAUGUUGGGCAGGAAAACAGUGUCCUAUUCGACUGCAGAGGCCACAAUGAAGGUGGCCUCCUCCAAGACUAGCUCACACCGACGCACGACCUUACCAUCUAUGACUCUGGAACAGAAAGAAGCCGAGGCGGAGGCUUACCAACGCAAACGCAGCAGUGCCACCCAUCAUCUGACUCCCGAGGCUCUUCGAAAUCUAGAAAAAGGUUCUGCCGGUUCAAGAUCAGAGACAGGUAGCAGCUAUAGCCACAAGAGCCAACAAUCUUCAUCAAAAGAUUCUUCUCGUGGACGAAGUCAAACUCACUCUAGUGCUGCAGCGACCAAUAUCAAUUUCGGUGGUCUGAGCGUCAAUAUUCCGGCAAAUUUCAAAUCCGAACGCCCGGUCAGCAUCAAUUUUGGAGAUGUCACCCUGACCAUGAACAAACCUCAGGAUAAACCACUGGACCGACCCCGGGAGCAAAAACGCAUUGAACGAGCUCCCAGUGUUACUAGCAAAACUUCAAAGAAAAGCAUUGCCAGUAGCAAUGUUUCCAGCACUGAUGCUCCUAAAAAGACAUCCAGGAGAAUAUCACAGUUGGAAGAACGACCGAAGCUGAGUCGCCAACAUAGCAGAGCACCCAGUGCCACAGGAGUCACCUAUGAAUACACAACUGUCAGGAAGCAGAGUGUGGAUCCUACCAAAUACGAAGAUUAUUAUGGAGCCUAG